GGUGCUGACGGCCGCGCUCCGACCGGCGGCGGACGCCGACAGACCGUUCGCUCCGCUCCGCACCGCUGCCGCCGCUGCUGCUGCAGGAGAGCCCGGCGGCGAUGAGCGCCGGUGGGGACGGAGGGCCGCGAUCGGCGGGGAGCAGCCCCGUGCCCAGCCCCGCCUCACCGGGGGGCGAGGAGCCCUCGCAGAAGCGCCAGAGAACCGUGGAGGAUUUCAACCAGUUCUGCACCUUCGUGUUGGCCUACGCCGGGUACAUCCCCUACCCCGAUGAGAAUGAGCCCUGGAGCCACGGCGGCAGCAUGAGCCCCCAGAACAGCACGGGGAGCACGCAGGACAGCGAUAGCUGGGCCUCCUCCCACUCCUCUGAUCUCCAUCUCCUGGCAGAUGACAGGAGCAGCCGCAGCGCGGCCAGGGGGGCUGCAGACAGCAGCCUGCUUCUGGGCUGCCCUGCCUUCCCCACCGGCUUCUAUGAUGUCCGGCCCCAGCAGACGAAGCGGAAGAAGCCGCCGGUGAAGAAACUCAUCUUGGAGCAGGAGGUGGAGAAGCUGAGCGCCGGGAAAGGCUUCGGGUUAGAGCAGGAGCGGGGCACAGAGCUGGCUGCGCUGGAGGGACGGGUGCCGCCUGGCAAAGAAGAGCUCUUAGAGCCCCCCCUCAACCUGGCCGGGGACCCACAGCCCCGCGCCCUCCUGGAGGAGCUGAUGAAGGAGGAGAAGGACUGGGUGCACGGAGCACAGGGAGCGGGGAAGCCAGCAGGAGAUGAGCCGCAGCUAAAGGAGCAGGAGCAGUGCUCCGGAGGGAGGAAAAGCCCCGGUUCUUGUAGUACCUUGGACCAAAGCGAAGGGGAAGAUGCGAGCAGAGGGAGCUCUCAGCUCAGUGCAGAUGAAUUUGCAGCAGCUCCCAACACCAAAGCAGAAGAUGACGACGCCUGGGAUCUGAUCACCUGCUUCUGCCUGAAGCCCUUCGCAGGGAGGCCCAUGAUUGAAUGUAACGAGUGUGCUACCUGGAUCCACCUCUCUUGUGCCAAGAUCCGCAAAUCCAACGUGCCUGAGAUCUUCAUCUGCCAGCGGUGUCGUGACGCCAAGCAGGAGAUUCGCCGCUCCAACAGGGCGCGGACGGUGCCCCGCAAGCGCUUCUGUGACUGAGCAGGGGGGCUGGGGGGGCCCUCUUUCCACCUCAGGCUGUAGCCCAGUCUGGCUAGACAAUCAAUGCAGUAACGGCAGGGGAAGGGCUGGGCUGUGGUGCUGGGCUGUCCCCCUUGCUCCUUGUCUCCUGGAAGCUGCCACGCGUCCUCCCCGGGCGUCGUGUUGACCGCGGAGCUCGGCUACCCCAGAGGUGUUGGGGGAGAGGAGCCGUGCGUUGGGUCACUCAGAUACAUCUCUGUCCUUGCACAAACCUGGCUCUGUGCCUUCCCCCCAGGCCAGCUGAGGAGAACCUGGUCCAAAUAGUUUCCGUGUGGUGUGGUGGAAGCUUACACUUAUUCCAUGGUGUGACUCCCAUCCUCCUUUACCCUCACCGUUGUCCUUGCCUGAGACCUUCAGGUGGGCUGUGAUGGCAAAGCCCCAGUGACCCAAGUUGACCCAAGUUCUCUUCCAGGACGUAGAUAGAGCCCAGGCAAGCUUCCUCUGUGUAGUGUGCUGCUCCCUAGGAUGAGAGGAAGGAAUGAAUAUUGGCCCUGCCCACCCCUGGAGCAGACCAGGCUGCUCCGUGUUGGGCAUCAGGUGUCCAUCUCUGGCUCAUCAGCCCCUCAGGCUGCACAGGGGAGGCCCUGCCCCUGUCUGUGGUGCUCCUGGUUUCAGCUGCUGUGCCUGAGACCUCAGGGUGGUCCCGCUGGGUGAAGAACAGCGUGCAGCAAGGGCAUCCUAUGGUAGAUGGUUAGAAAAGUUCUUUCAGUCCUCUCGGUUCAGAUACUCCGGUUGCACUAAAGUCUCUUGUCUGAAAAAGAUGUGAGGUUGGUGGUAGGAAACCCAGCUACCCUGAGUGAGCAGAGCAUGGGACGGGCAGCGGGAAGCGCUCUGGUUGGUUUUUCUGUGUUCCUCGUUUCAAACAACUGAACCUUGCACCCUGCGGCCAUCUCCUGCCUGCAGGUGGAGCAUCUGUGAUGCUGAGAGCUGAGCUCGGACAGAGCUGGGUGCUGGGAGGGCUUUGCUUCCGACUGUGCCCUCCAGCUGAGAAAGUAUUGUGUUGGCUGGUUGGGUUCUUUUUUUUUUUUUUGUAUUUUUCUUUCGUUUUCCUCGACACAUAGAGUGAAGUUUGAUGUCAGGAACGGGCCUUAAGCCCCUUCUCCUAUGCAACUGCUGCUCUGGAGGUACAGGACCUACCUUUCAGUUCAAAGCGGAAGGCUUUUCCCCAUUGCCCUUGGUUGUGAGCGGUGUGUGCGCUCUGGGGCCCCACGUGCACUGACUGUCCAGAUCCCACUUCACAGCCCCUCCAAAGAGCCUGGCCCGGUGCCUUCUGCACUUUGUGGAUGGGGAACACAGACCCCGCUGCUGUCCCGGUGCCACCUGGCCCGGCCCUGGCACGCUGCUGCUGGAGCGGGGCGUGGGACAGCCCCAACUCGCCCAUCCCAUCACUAAUUCUCUUAGCUGGGUUCUCUCCUACUUGCACAUCUGGUUACUAUGGGACCACAGCUGGGGGAGGUGGGGGGGCGUCCCCCCCCCCAACCACCCAGCAAUCCCCAGGCUCAUCCCCGUGCCUCUCCUCCUGUGGAAAGCCUGGGCCCCAAAAGUGCUUUAUGUUUUUUUACAGUUACUUUGUAUUGAUAUGUAAAAUAGCAAAUUCUGGUCCUUGCCCUGUGGAGUGUGGCUGGAGUCGUAUGUACAUAAUAAAGUACUUUUGCCAUAA